GAAAGGGAUUUAAAAAUGGUAGCUAUCACGGCGCUUCCAAGCAGCACCCUACCGAAGAAGAUGGCACCGAACGCCUCGGGUGAUGUUACCGGUGUUCUAAAUGAAACCGACGCCGAUACCGUCGACGGAGGUCUAGCAAAAGACAUCGCCCCCCUGAAGCGAGCCGAGAAGCGCAAGAUCAAAGUCGUGUGGCGAAAUGUGAUCGCUUUCGGAUACCUCCAUUUGGCUGCCGUGUACGGCCUCUGGCUGCUGUUGACAUCGGCAAAGCUGUUGACCGUCGGACUUGCAUUCAUACUCUACGUGGUCUCCGGACUGGGAAUCACGGCCGGUGCCCACCGUCUGUGGGCUCAUCGAUCGUACAAAGCCAAGUUGCCACUGAGGAUCAUUUUGGUCGUGUUCAACACUAUUGCAUUCCAGGAUUGUGCCAUGCACUGGGCUCGCGAUCACCGGGUGCACCACAAGUACUCGGAAACGGAUGCCGAUCCGCACAACGCAACCCGUGGGUUCUUCUUCUCGCACAUUGGCUGGCUGUUGUGCCGAAAGCACCCGGAAGUCAUUGCCAAGGGUCGCCAACUGGACAUCGCUGAUCUGCAGGCUGACCCCGUGCUGCGGUUCCAGAAGAAAUACUACAUGAUCCUGAUGCCCGUGCUGUGCUUCUUACUGCCCACCAUAACCCCUGUCUACUUCUGGAACGAAACCUGGACCAACGCAUGGUUCGUAGCAACACUGUUCCGUUGGACCUUCAUCCUGAAUGCCACCUGGUUGGUGAACAGCGCUGCCCACAAAUGGGGACACCGGCCCUACGAUAGCUCCAUCAACCCAUCGGAGAACAAGACGGUAGCCACAUUCGCAUUCGGCGAGGGAUGGCACAAUUAUCACCACGUGUUCCCCUGGGACUACAAGACGGCCGAACUGGGUAACUACCGGCUGAACUAUACAACUGCUUUCAUCGAUUUCUUCGCCAAAAUCGGUUGGGCGUACGAUCUGAAGAUGGUUUCGAACGAGAUCAUCGAGAGGCGAGUCAAGCGAACGGGAGACGGAACACAUCCAACAUGGGGCUGGGGGGACAAGGAUCAGGACAAGAUGGAGAUCGAGCACGCCAGAAUCAUCAACCGUAAGGAGGAAUAAGCAGGAUGGCGUAGUGUGCACGCGCGCGAGAAGGACCAGGAUGCGAGCGAGAAAGAGAGAACGCGUAUUUUAUUAUCCUCUAUCGGGAACUCACGUGAUUUUUUUUAUUGAUUAAGACAGCGUCUCCCGUGAGGAAAAUGGCUUCCAUUUUCCGAAGAAUACAGAAGACAUCAAGAGAGAACCAGAAGAGUUAGGGGUUUAGCAAUUGAUUCGAGUGAAUUAAUUUUCUUUCUGUUUUCGGCUGAAGUGAGGCCCAUAUUGAAUAUUGAAAAGCUAAAUUGAACUUUAAUCAAUGUCAAGAACAAAGAAUAAAUCAAAUCGUAUAUGUGUGUGUCAGUAUAAAACACAUAUUGAAGAAAAAACCAAUUGAUUCAGGUGUGUUAGGAUCUAAUGCAUAGAAUGAUCAAAACUGUUACUGUUAGAAGCUAACAAUAAAAGAGCCAUGAAACUAAAAAAAAAUAGUGGAAGCUUAUUGGAAUGAGUUUGGUGAUUAAAUUUAGGAAAUAUUUCAAUUGAAAUGGAACAUUUAUUUUACAUUCGGUACAAACGCGGUAACAGUGCACUUUUUUUCCUUUAUUUGGCCUUACUUAUACUCCAAGAAAUCAUGAACGGAAUCCGGAAAUGGUCGAUAUUUCUUUUAGUUUUAGUACUACUCUUAACGGACGACCAUGUUUAGCUUUAGCUUGUGUAAUUUAUUGUUUAGAGCCAAGAAGAUUCAUGCUGUGAAACAUAGUAAACUAAUAGAGGACACUCAGGCAGUGUCAAAGUGGAAGAGUGGAAAUUAA